UUAACUUCCUGUUUGAGUUGUGAUGCUUUUGUUUUGAAGGCUCAUUUUCUUGUUUAUCUGUGCAAAGGCAGCUUAACAUAAAUCAAAAGAUAAAUUAUAACAGAGUUUAUAAAAUGUAAAACAGACAAAAGGAAUGUUUUUGAUGUAAAUACAUAUUUGUUUUAAAUGGAGUGUGAUCUAAAUUAUGCAUUUAUUUAAUUAUACCCAAAACUAAAGUUAAUUUACAUUGUAAAGGUCAUUUCAAGUUAAGUUAAAAUGAAUCAGUAAAGUAUGUAAAGUACCUUCUCACUAAUAUGGUUGAAUUAAGUACAGUACAUUUGUUUCUUUACCAGCCAUUUGUCUAAUCAUCUCAUCACUGCAAUGGUCAACUAAAGGCCUUUCUGUCAAACUAGAGCAGCAAUCUUCAGAAACAGAUUCUCUGCAUGGGUCAUUUUCAAAUUUAUGUUGGCAUUUUCUAACAUCAUAAUGUUAAAAUAAUAAUGCUAUUCAUACCGAAAUGAAUCAGUGGCAUUUUAAUGCAGGGAGAUAAAGAAAAGAAAAGAGAAUCAGGGACAAAACUCACUGAUUGCUUAACUAAACCUGUCCUGUCCUGCAGGUUUUAGAUGAGCCACAGGUACGAAACCCUGGAAUGAAACGGCUUCAUCACCUCCUCCUGGUGUGGAUCGGUUCUCCAGAACCUUAAUGACCUCAUUAUUCUAUUCAAGUGCUGCAGAUGCUCAUCUAAAGGUUGGAGGACAGCGGGACUCCAGGACUGGAGUUUGAGACCUGUGGUAUAGCUGUUAGCCUAGUGGUUAGCAUAGCUGUUAGCCUAGUGGUUAACUUUGGAGCAGGCUAGCUUCACUGAAUUAAUCACCCUGGUAGCUAAUGUUACUGCUUUAAGCUAGGAUAUUGGGAAAAUCCUGGGUCAACUUGCUAUCCUGGUUUUGUGAAGCGGAUCUGCUGUUUGUCAGCUUGUUUUUCUUUCAUCUUUCUGACUGAUUUGAAAUUAGGAGAUUUGUUUGAGUGUCUUGGAAGUGCAGCGAUUGUUGGAUUUUUUACCCUCUCCUCAGAUGCUACUAUCUCAGCUGAUGUACAACCAAACUACCUAAGACCCGCGAAGCAGCUUUUAUUCAACCCUGCAACGUUUCUACCAUCCUGGUCCCAGGAGACGUCAUGUCCUCUGCCUCCAGCCUCCACUCAGCAAUCUGUCCAUCUGGCAUCUACAGUACAUCAGUUCAAAACAUGAGUCAGUCCAUUGAGGUUCUGGACCAACGGACGCAGAGGGACAUGCAGUUUGUUGAGAAGAUGGAGAUGCAGCUGAAAAGUCUUGAAAACAAAUUCAAACAAGUGGAGGAGGGCCAUGAGAGCAACAUUGCCAGGCAGUACAAGUCCAUUAAAGCCAAGAUGGAGGAGCUGCGUCCUCUCAUCCCGGUUCUGGAAGCCUACAAGGCAGAUGCUCUGCUGGUCCGACAGUUUAAAGAGGAAGCAGCCAAUGUGACGGAGCUGCUGGGAUCACUGCAGGAACAACUGGGAGGACUGGACUACCAGGAGGUCCACAGCCGGGUCAUGGACCUGGAGAACCGUCUGCGCGCCUGCAUGCAGAGGCUUGCUUGUGGGAAACUUACAGGAAUAUCAGAACCUAUCACAAUGAAAACAUCUGGGUCCAGAUUUGGUUCGUGGAUGACCGACCCGCUGGCUUCAGUUGGAGACAACAGAGUGUGGUACAUGGAUGGUUAUCACAACAAUCGCUUUGUCAGGGAGUACCAGUCAAUGUAUGACUUCAUGACAACAGAUAACUUCACGUCCCAUCGCCUGCCUCAUCCGUGGUCCGGUACUGGCCAAGUUGUUUAUAAUGGAUCCAUUUACUAUAACAAGUUUCAGAGUCACACCAUAAUCAAAUUUGACUUUAGCACAUCACUUAUCAGCCGCUCCAGACAGCUUGACUUUGCCGGUUACAACAACAUGUACCAUUACUCAUGGGGUGGGCACUCUGAUAUCGACCUCAUGGUGGACGAGGGCGGGCUCUGGGCUGUGUAUGCAACCAAUCAAAAUGCUGGCAACAUUGUGCUGAGCAAAUUAAAUCCAAACACUCUUCAAAUAAUCCGCAGUUGGACCACCAACCACCCAAAGCGAAGUGCCGGUGAGGCCUUCAUGAUCUGCGGAACAUUGUAUGUCACCAAUGGUUACUCAGGAGGAACUAAGGUUUACUACGCCUUCUCUACCAACUCCUCCACCUACGAGUACAUUGACAUUCCCCUGACCAACAAAUACAGCCACUUGUCCAUGCUCGAUUACAAUCCUAGAGACAGAGCACUUUAUGCCUGGAACAACGGCCACCAAGUUCUGUAUAAUGUAACGCUUUAUCAUAUAAUACAGUAACUAGACUGUAUUGUUCCUCUGUGUCACAGUUUGAUAUAUGAUUCUCACAUAAGACUCUACAUUUUCUCUCACAUUUUCUGACUUUAAGACAAAAGCAAUUAUUCAGAUAAUUUAUGUGCUUCCAGGGCAAAUAGGUUCACUGACUGAAACUGUUGAUCACAGCUGCAGAGAACCAUAAAACCGACUGUUCCUCGCUCAAACCCUCUCUGCACUACACAGUUUUACAGGUGUUUCUUAGCAUGGGACGCUACAAUAAGAUGUCAGCGUGUCAAUCGUGGACAAAUAAAAAACAGCACUCUAAGAACUAUGGAACUCCAAAAGUAUUUCUGAUUUGAUAAGUUUUUUAAAUUGUUUCAGCACCAAAUAUUGGAUUAAGAUGCCUGUUGUGAAUUUUACCCAGAGCUUUCUCUUUUCAUUCACAAGUCAUAUAAACCUUAACGCUGGGCUGGAAAUCAUUAAUCAAGCUGUUAAAAACAUUUCUAUUCUCAAAGACUGCUGUAAAAAAGGUUUUUUAAGGAACCAAAAAGUAAUGAAAGUGUUUCUAGUUUAAGAAACUAACCAGAUACUCCUGGUUUUUGUAAUUUCCCAAGUCCAGACAUUUUCUUGGUACUGAAAAUAUGGAACAAAGUACUGGACUGUUAACUUUUAGAUGUUAAAAUGUUAUUUUAUUGUUAAAGAUUUUAGGAAAUUCAUUGAUUUAUUUUCCUCAAAUUGUUCCUUUUAGCCUUGAAGUCACUUGCUUUCUAAAUUACAACAAAGUGUUUAAAUAAAAUAUAUUUAUUGUUUUGGGAUUGUUUGUAUUUUUUUCAGAAUCUAUAACUUUAGGAUUCCAAUUCAAAAUGGAAUUUUAUGAUUUUUUUAAAUGUAACAUAUCAAACAGCAAUAGUUAUUGUUCUUUUUUGCAAAUAAGUAUUGUUAGAACUUUUUGUAGGACAAGCAGAACUUUAAAGUCUGUAACUUUUCGUAUGACUUUCUGUGCUAUCAGCUUAGUUUGUGAAACAUCAUUUCUACUGAAAUAUAAACCCUUUUUUCCUGAAUAACAAAAAUCCACAUUUACUUAAAUGAUGCUAAUAUUCUAUGGUGUUUCUCAGUUUUUUUUUUUACAUACAAGCAGAUUUUUUUAUAGACUCAGAAAAUUAAUUUAUUGGCUUGUGAAAUAAUUUUGUUCAUUUUGGUGUUCGGUGCCAUGUAAAGUAAUCCAAAUGGAUCCAUUAAUUAUAGAUAUGGUUAACAGUUUGACUGUUUAUUCUAUUGGUUUGUGUAGAUUUUGUGUAACCAUUAAUACAAGUCAAGAAUCAACAUGAACAUUUUCACUGUUUUGUGUAGAUUAAGCAAAUAAAAGUGGGAACUGUG